CCACUUCCAUAUCUCAUCCCCCCACCAUCUAGCAACAGCAUCAUGGAGGCCGUCAGAGAGACGCUGGCCAAGUUCGGCAAGGCCUGGACGCCCGAUGUCCCCCCAGCGCUCCUCAAGGUCUACGAGCCCCUCCAAGCCCAGCAGAAUGCCAAAUAUGGCAGCGAUAUCCAAACAGAAAAGGCCCUCAAGUAUGGUCCUGACGACAGGAACCGCAUUGACGUCUAUAGUCCCGCCUCCGGAACUUCCGGGCGGCCCGUGGUGGUCUACUUCCAUGGCGGGGGUUUAGUGGGGGGAGACAACGACCACACGCCGAACAUUUAUGCCAAUAUCGGUAAUUACUUCACCAAGCACGGCUGCAUCACCUGCCUCGCCACCUACCGCCUCGCGCUGAAGACAGGCCACCACCCCAACGGCGCCGAGGACGUCCAGGCCGCCCUGCAGUGGGUCCAGGCCAACAUCCAAAGGUACGGCGGCGACCCGUCCAAGGUGGUGGCGAUGGGCCAGUCUGCCGGCGGCGUCCACCUGCUGACCGCCCUGUUCCUGGGCUACCUCGACCCGAACCCCAAGCCUCUGGCGGCGGGGCUCGUCUCGCUGUCCGGUGUCUUCACCAUGGACGACAGCGACCCGCAGAGGGUCAAGGCGCUGGCCUCGUGGUUCCGCGCCGAGAACACCUUCGAGGUCAACGGCCGAUGGGGCCCGCUGGCGCUGUUCAGGCAGCAAUACUUUGGCACCGCGACAACGCCGCCCAGGGGGGUCUUUCCGUACAAGUUGAAGAUGCUUGUCGGGGAGUUCGAGGCGGAUGAGAUCCUCGACGGGACGUUUGCGUUCGUGCACGAGCACAGGAAGAGGUUCGGCAGGUUGCCGCUGCUGGAGGUGUUGGAGGGGCAUAAUCAUGUCUCGUAUUGCUUCGGUUUGGGGCUGGAGGAUCCCAUACAUGAGGCUGUGGGAAAGAAGUUGCUGGGUUAUGUUGAGGAGUUCACUCAGUGA